UGUCACGGGCGGCACGAGGGGGCGGCGGCUUCUCCUCUUCCGCUCCCUCAUGUCGACCUUUCGCUUUCGGUUCUCCGGGCUCCCUUCGGGGACGGGUCCCGUCCCGCAUGGGGCAGCGGCCGCGGGCCGCGGGGCCCCGGCGGUGGCGGCUGCGGGAGCGGGAGCCCGCCCUGGGCACCGUGAGGCUGGUCCUCGCCGUGGUGCUGGUCACGCAGCUGGAGCGCUCGGACGCCGCGGGCUGUGAGCCGGGCGAGUACCCCCAUGGCACCGAGUGCUGCCCCAUGUGUGCUGCGGGAUGGCGGGUUUUCAAGCACUGCACUGCCAGUUCCAGCACAACGUGCAUUCCUUGUGUGGAGGGGACCUACACAGAUCACCCCAAUGGUUUAACACACUGCAGGACAUGCAAACUGUGUGAUGAAGUGUGCUUUGAGAGGAGCCCAGCAGUGGCUCUUGGCCUUAAGGAAUAA